AUGGGAGGACAAAAUGCUAAAUCACCAGAGCCGCCUCCACUUCUCGACAAACCAUGGAGAGAAAUAAACUGGAACAGUGACAAACAGAUCGAUCUGAAGCAUGUGAAUGACUACAAACCUCACAUUGAAGGUCGGCAGCUCAGGAUUCUUCUUCAUGGACCAUCUGGAGCCGGAAAAUCCAGUUUCAUCAACUCUGUUAAAAGUGUCUUACAAGGCAGAAUGUGCGCACUGGCCUUGGCGGAUAACACCUUUAAGGACUGUUUCACCAAAGCGUACACAACCUACAAGAUCGAAAAAGGAAACCGAAGCACCUUUUACCCUUUUGUCUUCAAUGACAUCAUGGGCCUAUCCAAAGACAAAGGUGUCCUUGUGGACGACGUCAAACUGGCUUUAAACGGACGUGUCAAGGAAGAUUACAGGUUCAAUCCUGAACAUAAGUUAUCAGAAGGCGACCCAUACUACAACACAACAGUAAAUCCCAAUGAUAAAGUGCAUGUCCUGGUUUGUGUCAUGCCUGCCAACACAACAAAUCAAAUGAUAGAAGAGGUUAUAAAGAAGACUCGGGAAAUCAGGAAAGCAACCAGUGAACUAGGGAUUCCUCAAUUGGCCAUCAUCACCAGAAUUGAUAUGGCCUGUCCUGACAUCAAAGAAGACUUAAAGAACGUCUACAAGUCUGUCUACCUGAAGGAGAAGAUGGAGCAGUUCAGUGCAGAUGUGGGCAUCCCAAUGAACUGCAUCUUCCCCGUGAAAAACUACUCUGAAGAAAUCGACUUGAAAGAUGACGUUGACUCACUGGUCCUGAACACACUGAGACACAUCAUCGACUUCGGAGAAGACUUCAUGAACCACAAAAUGAAAGUGCCUGAAGGUUCACACAGAUAUGCUUGA